ACAAGUCCUCUCUUAUUUCGAUUCCACAACAUUAUUAAUUCCCGAACUUGUGUUGAUUUCCUUUGUCGGAUUGGAAAGAGAGACGAAGAAAGUACAAUGUUUGCUGAAUUUAACGGUAUGAAUACAGGGUCCAGUUUUGACAGCACGUCUCCUUCAGAUCCUAAAUUUUUUUCAGUCACAGACGAUGAUGAUUUUCAUCUCCGUCAAAGCAGUGCUUCCGCUGUUCAAUCGUUUUACGACCCCGGUCGGAUGAGCUGCGAGGGUUCACCCAUGAUGAUGUCGCCGUGGAACCAGACUACACCCUUUCAAUAUUCUCCAUGGACCCAAUCAGAUGACACCAUUCCGCAGGAUGGUCUUAUCGGCUCCCUUCAACGGGAAGAAGGUCAUAUUUACUCCCUGGCUGCAACCAAAAACCUCUUAUACACGGGUUCUGAUAGCAAGAACAUUCGUGUUUGGAAGGAUCUUAAAGAAUUUUGCGGUUUCAAAGCAAGCAGCGGUCUUGUUAAGACCAUAGUCAUCUCCGGCGAUAAGAUUUUCACCGGUCAUCAGGAUGGUAAAAUUCGUGUAUGGAAAGUGUCUCCGAAGAACCAAAGUGUGCACAGGCGUGCCGGUACUUUACCAACCUUGAAGGACAUAUUAAAGAGCUCCAUCAAACCAAGCAAUUACGUUGAGGUGAGACGUCGUCGUUCUUCCCUCUGGAUCAAACACUCUGAUGCGGUGUCGUGUAUGAGUUUGGAUGAAGAAAAUGGCCUCUUGUACACAGCCUCAUGGGACAGAACCUUCAAAGUAUGGAGACUUUCCGAUUCAAAAUGCCUAGAAUCAAUCAAUGCCCACGACGACGCUGUUAACUCUGUGGUUUCCAGCACUGAAGGCAUGAUCUUCACCGGUUCAGCUGAUGGCACCGUCAAAGUAUGGAAAAGAGAACAUCAUGCUAAAGGAACAAAGCACGUCCUCUCCAGUACAUUGUUAAAACAAGAAAAUGCUGUAACAGCUUUGACAAUGGAUUCCUCAAAGUCCAUCCUGUAUUGCGGGUCCAGCGAUGGACUUCUCAACUUCUGGGAACGUAAAAACUAUUUAUCUCAUGGCGGGGUGCUUAAAGGCCACAAACUUGCGGUUCUCUGUUUACUGGCUGCAGGGAAUUUGGUGUUCAGCGGAUCAGCAGAUAAGACGAUAUGCGUGUGGAGGAGAGACGGCAAUAUUCACACGUGUCUCUCAGUGCUGACGGGGCACACCGGACCGGUGAAAUGCUUGGCAGCUGAAAAGGAUCAUGAAUCAGCGAGUCGAGGCCAACGUUGGAUUGUGUACAGUGGGAGUUUGGAUAAAUCCGUUAAGGUUUGGGGGGUGUCUGAGAUAGCUCCAGACAUGGCUAAGACGCAGCAAAAUCACCAAAUGUAUUAAUCUUCAUGUAUUAAUCUAGCCCAAACAAGAGGUGAAGAGACAGAUCCCAAGAACUCUGGGAUUUGAAGUCUUGGUAGUCAUUUAUCCCAUGGCCUUUUCCCAUUUGAAAUGUGUAUUUAUACAUGCAAUUUCAACGCAUGGAUGGGGCAAAGCUUUUGUUCUUGGGUCUGAGCUAAAGGCACAAAGAAGCCUUCUUGUUUUUUCCUUAUUUGCCUAUGGGAAAAAGACUGUUUGGAUACUAAAAUCCCUUUUCUUUUGUUUUUUUGUUGUUUUCUUUCGUAAUGUUAUAUUAUAAUGUAAUGCUCGUUUGGAAUAUUGAUUAAGAUACAAAAAG